CUUGUAGCUCAUGAAAGAAUUAAACAUAGAAAUAACAAAACUAUACUUCAUCGCAAGCUACUUAUUCAACCUCCUCUUGAGCAAGUUGCAUUUUAUCAAGAUACGCUUAUAGUUCUUAUUAAAAAAUGUCUUGGUUUUAAUAGACAUUCAAUAGAUGCAAAACAAGGUGAAGAUG